CAUGUGACACGUGUGAUGUAAUUGGCAUGUUGUCAAAAAAUUUUCAAGUGUGCUGUCAAAUUCUAAAUAAUGUUACGAGAAAUUCAUUGCCUGUUUUUGACUUUAGUAAGAAAAUGUCACAAAACGACAAGUUUAUCGAGUCUGAAAAUAAAACUCAUUUAACCUUUGAACAACAAAAAAGGCUGGAACAAUGUUCUCCAUCAUUUGUACAAAUCUGCUGUCAAAAAUUGUUUUCCAAAUCAAAGCCUAAAUGCAAAACAAUUACGACCAGUGACGAGUAUUUAAAGGUACGAAAAUCUCUAAAGCUUCAUACUAAGGAUCUAAUCAAAUUCGUGGAGAAUGAAUCGCAAUUGAUUUCGGACGACAUAAAGAGUCGUUUGAAUAGCAAUAGAGCCGCUCGUACGACUCAAUCAGAGAGUCUCUUUAAAAAGACGACGGAAAAAUUGGACGAAUUGAUGAAAUUAGACGUUUCUUACGGCAGCUGGAUGCGACAGAAGACGUUGCUACUCAAUGAUGAGAUAAAACGAUCUUUUGACGCUGUGGAACGAGCGAUCGGUCCAAAUGAAAAGCGUAUAGCGUCUAUGUUAAAGAAAUUGCGAAGCGACGUGUCGAUCUGCAUUGAAAGCGCGGAGAGAAAUCUCGCCAUGUGUCGCAAACACUAUCUUCCUCUCGAUCUCACGAAAUGCACGAAGGAACAGUCAGACGAAGCGACAAAAAUGUUCGAUCGGAUGAAGGAGGAAGCACGUCGUAAGUUCAAAGAGAUCGCCGAGUUUCGCGAAACAAUUCUGAGAGCACAUGAGAUGACGACGCAGGAAGCGAUAGAGAUAAAUAAUAAAAAAACAACGGAUUUAUUGAGGUACCUAGAAAAAUGUAUCGUCCAGCUGAAGAAUUCGAAAAAGUAGUGCAAAAAACGUGUAACUGAGAAAUAAUAAUUAAUCAAGCAAUCUCAAAAUUGCGAAUAAUUCGGAGAAGUCAGCCUCAAAGUUCUGUUUCAAACUUCAGAAAUAAAUGCGUAACAGAGCCGUUUAUCUUCGCGCGCCUUUGUGAUUGGAUAUACGUACAUAAUGUUUCUUUUAAAUGAAGAUUUAUGGCAGAAAAGUGCGAAAAACUUGACGAGAAUCAGUCGUAAACCUACUGGACGUGGAAAUGGAAUUCUAAAAUUAUAUAGG